CUGAGCUGGAUGGCGGCGUGUCAGGGCCACGGCAACAGCCGGUAUUCCCAAGGGCAGCCGCCCGGCCGUGCGUUUAACCCGAGGGGAGCCGUGGCAUCCAGCUAGCCCUUCCCUGGACCCCAAGUGUGACUCCCAGCAGAAUUGCGAGUUGCCGAAAAUAGCCCGAUUUUCGAGAUGAUCUUAGCAAACUUUGGACGGAGCUCUCUUUCCAGCCCUAAAUAGCAGGACAGCCUUGUCCUAUUUUUAUUGUAGCGCACACAGAAGAUGGGGCUGCGUUGGAAGAAAUGCUUUUUUUCCGCCAAAGAAGCAGCUCGCACUCAACGAGAUCUUGGUUUUUCUUGGCAGGCUCUUCGCAGCCAUCUGCGAGCCCAGGGCAGCCGGCUCCCCCCGUCAUCCAGCCAGCACAGCCGGAGCUGACCGUGGAUGCCGGCAGCAGGUUCUCGCUGGAGUGCAUCGACCCGGGCUCCGUCAGGUGGACUUUCGAGAGCCUGGGUCAGCUGAGUGACAGCGAGCACAGCCAAUGGACGCGCGAGGAGGCGGAGGCCGCCAACACGGGCAGGUACACCUGCACCAACGCGGGCGGCCUGAGCAGCUCCAUCUACGUGUUCGUGAGAGAUCCGCGGCAGCUGUUCCUCGUGGGCCUGCCCCUGUACGGCCGAGAAGACAGUGACACGCUGGUCCGCUGUCCGCUGACCGACCCGGACGUGACCAACUACACCCUCAAGGAGUGCGAGGGGAAGCCUCUCCCCAAGGACUUGACCUUCGUCCCGGACCCCAAGGCCGGCAUCACCAUCAAGAACGUGAGGCGCGCCUACCACCGGCUGUGCCUGCGCUGCGCCGCCGACCGCGAGGGCACAACCGUGCAGUCGGAAAAAUUCAUCCUGAAAGUGAGAGCAGCCAUCAAGGCCGUCCCGGUGGUGUCCGUGUCCAGAACGAGCUGCCUGCUUAGAGAGGGGGAAGAGUUCUCGGUGACCUGCACGGUCAGAGACGUGUCCACCGCCGUGCUGUCCGCGUGGCUGAAGGAGGACGGCCAGCGGACAAACGGCCAGGUGAGGCGCCACAGCUGGCAUCAGGGCGACUUCCACUACGAGCGCCAGGAGACGCUGACGAUCGGCGCGGCGAGAGUGGCGGACUCCGGGGUGUUCAUGUGCUACGCCAACAACACCUUCGGGUCGGCGAAUGUCACCACGACCUUGAAAGUCGUAGAUAAAGGCUUCAUCCGGGUCUUCUCGGUGACCAACACCACCAUGUUUGUCAACGACGGAGAAAACGUGGACUUGGUGGUGCAGUACGAGGCGUACCCGCGGCCCACGCAGCAGCAGUGGCUGUACAUGAACAGGACCUCCGCCAGCAAGUGGGAGGACCACCCAGAGUCAGAGAAUGAGAGCAACAUCAGAUACGUGAGCAAGCUGCACCUGACCAGACUGAAGGGGAGCGAGGCCGGCACCUACACGUUUCUCGUGUCCAAUGCUGAUGUCAACGCUUCCGUGGCCUUUAACGUUUACGUGAACACGAAACCAAAGAUCCUGACUUCCAAAAGACUGGUGAACGGCGUGCUGCAGUGUGAGGCAGCAGGAUUCCCGGAGCCCACCAUAGACUGGUAUUUCUGUCUGGGAACCGAGCAGAGGUGCUCGGCGCCGGUGUGGCCGGUGGCCGUGCAGGUCCAGAAUGCGUCGGAGCAGCCCUUCGGGAAGCCGGUGGUCCAGAGCGCCAUCGACUCGAGCGCCUUCAAGCACAAUGGCACGGUGGAGUGCAGGGCGUCCAACGACGCGGGCCAGAGCUCCGCCUACUUCAACUUUGCCCUUAAAGGUAACAGCAAAGGUAUACUCCUCUUUAAUCCAAUUUCCGUCAUAUACUCACUCACGUGUGUGCAUGCGUGUGUGUGUCUUUAUGUAACUGUAUAUUUACAGCUUGACUCCAUUAAGAUGGGCAGAGGAAAAAAGGGGAAUGCAAUCACUUUUAUCUUUACUUCCCGCCCCCCGCCCCCCACCACUGACCCUGUCCCCAUCCGUCCUGUUCCUCUCGCAGGGAAGACCCUGGGCGCCGGCGCCUUCGGGAAGGUGGUGGAGGCCACGGCCUACGGGCUGAUCAAGUCGGAUGCGGCCAUGACCGUCGCUGUGAAGAUGCUGAAACCGAGCGCCCACCUGACGGAGCGGGAAGCCCUCAUGUCCGAGCUCAAGGUGCUGAGCUACCUGGGGAAUCACAUGAACAUCGUGAACCUCCUGGGAGCCUGCACCGUCGGAGGGCCCACCCUGGUCAUUACAGAGUACUGCUGCUACGGGGACCUCCUGAACUUCCUGCGGAGAAAGCGGGAUUCGUUCAUCUGCUCCAAGCAGGAGGACCACGGGGAAGCCGCCCUCUACAAGAACCUCCUGCAGUCCAAGGAGCCGUCCUGCAGCGACAGCACCAACGAGUACAUGGACAUGAAGCCCGGUGUCUCCUACGUCGUCCCCACCAAGGCAGACAGAAGACGAUCCGCCAGAGUCGGCUCCUACAUAGAGCGAGACGUGACGCCCGCCGUCCUGGAGGACGACGAGCUGGCCCUGGACCUGGAGGACUUGUUGAGCUUUUCCUACCAGGUGGCCAAGGGCAUGGCUUUCCUCGCCUCCAAGAACUGUAUCCACAGAGACCUGGCCGCCAGGAACAUCCUCCUUACCCACGGGCGCAUCACCAAGAUCUGCGACUUCGGCCUCGCCCGAGACAUCAAGAGCGACUCCAACUAUGUGGUUAAAGGAAACGCCCGGCUCCCCGUGAAGUGGAUGGCCCCGGAGAGCAUCUUCAACUGCGUGUACACGUUUGAGAGCGACGUCUGGUCCUACGGCAUCUUCCUGUGGGAGCUGUUCUCCUUAGGCAGCAGCCCCUACCCCGGGAUGCCGGUGGACUCCAAGUUCUACAAGAUGAUCAAGGAGGGCUUCCGGAUGCUGAGCCCCGAGCACGCACCUGCUGAGAUGUAUGACAUCAUGAAGACUUGCUGGGACGCUGACCCGCUGAAAAGGCCCACCUUCAAGCAGAUCGUGCAGCUCAUCGAGACGCAGAUCUCAGAGAGCACCCACCACGUUUACUCCAACGUGUGCAACAGCAGCCCCAACCCCGCGCACCCCGCCGUGGACCACUCAGUGCGCGUCAAUUCCGUGGGCAGCAGUGCCUCCUCCACGCAGCCCCUGCUCGUGCAUGAAGACUGAGCAGGGCCCAGCCCGGGCCUCCCCUGCAGGGAGGGGCCUCGGGCUCCGGCUUCCUCCAUGGCCUCUCCCUUCCUCCGGGGUGGGGGCCGCCGUAAUCCCUUCGCGAUGAGCACACUUCCGUGGCCGCUGGGGCCGCCCCCUCGGCCACCACCCCCUUGCAGAGGUUCGAACUGUAAAUAUAUUCCCGAUAGCAGAGUAGCUCCUACAGGCCACAGAAAAAGUGUGACCGGGCGGGGGCGGCGGGCCCGGGGCCCCGAGGCCUCUCCAAGACUUGCCGAUUCUGUCCUCCUAGCGCGGUGGAGAGUUUGAUUUGCUAAGCAGUGUAGUUGUCACAUUCCAGUAGCCGGCAGAGCCUGCCGUGACGCCGGGGCACCAAGAGAAGAGACGUGAGCGCGAGCCCCUUGGUGGCCGUGCGACACCGUGAGCACGAAGGCUGGGGGCAGGGGCGUCGGGCUUUGGGACUCUGGUGUUUGACGCUGUGGACGCUGCCCGGGCCCUGGCUCAGCUGACCUAGCGUGUCCCUGCGCGUUGGCAGAGAGGGAGGUGGCCUUGUGCGUGUCCGUGCCCCCGGGGGCCCGCGGGUCUGGCUUCUGUCACGACCUCCCCGUGCAGGGCACAUUCAGGGCCUCCCAGGUGUCAAGCAAACAGUUGCCAGUUUUUGUUUUGUGGGGAGAAAGAUGCACCUGCCAGGCGCAGUCGGUGGUCUCCGCGGCCAGCCGACGAACUUGCUCCCUGGUUCUGCGGGACGACGCCCAGCUGCCCAGUCGAUGGAUUUGAUGUCAUUUGCCAAAGAGGUUGACGGUGCGGGAAGACGGUGCUGCCUUCACGCGGGCUCUCGCGUGGCAGGAAGCACGAGUGGGGUUCAGUUCCGUGGCAGGCGUGUCCUGAGCGUUGGGCCAGUAUCUGUGGCUGUGUGUGUGUGUGUGUGUGUAUGUAUGAGUGGGUUUAGCCGAAUAGUGGGGGUGGUGUCCUCACCCCGAGUCCCAGGGGGGCUCGGCCCUCCAGCACCAGGGACAGCGCCCAGCUCCCAGCAUCCAUGCUGCUGCCGCGACUCCCACAAAGCUUCCGGGCGGCAGGCGGGCCACGGGGUGUCCCCAGCAUACUGUCCCCAUGCUUACCACGCACACGUACUUCAAUGUUGCCCUGUAGGCUAGAGCCUGGAUGUUAUUCUUGUAGUUUACUGUCUGUUCUUUCUUUUCUUCUCAUUGCCCAGCGUAAGAGGCGGGUGGCCAGGUUUAGGAUUGGGUUUAGGCUUAGGCAUGCUGUCUUCAGGGUUCCUUCUGCGCUCUUGCGUCCCUCAGGCCACAGCCCGAGCGCCGUGGCCAUGGCAGUGACCAUAGGCACUGGAGUUCCAUGCUCUCACACCUGCCCAAAGCCAGCCGGUUCUGGGGUUGCGUUGUCACGUAGGAGAUGGCCGCCGUUGGCCAGAUGUGUCUGAAAACCAUUCCUUUGCGUUCCUGUCGACUUGGAUUAUGGAAAGGAAAUCAGUUAGUGGCUCGUGGUGGAUGUCUAGGUACUUCAGGGCACUUCACUGAGAGUUUUGUCUUGGAUAUUCUUGAAAGUUUAUAUUUUUAUAAUUUUUUUUUUACAUCAGAUGUUUCUUUGAAGUGGCUUUAAUGUUUGAAAUUAUUUUAUGGCUUUUUCUGUAAAUAUUGAAAUGUAGCAAUAAUGUCUUUUGAAUAUUCCCAAGCCCACGAGUCCUUGAAAAUAUUUUUUAUAUAUACAGUAACUUUAUGUGUAAAUACGUAAGCGGUGCGACCCGAGCGGUUAUUGGUGUUUUGUCUUUUUUUUUCCUGAUGUGUUGUCCAAUUGUUCACAGUUCUGAAGAAUUCUAAUAAAAAUGUAAAUAUAUAAAA